ACUGUGUUUUUUGGUAGUUGUUGCAUGCAAGAAACGCUAUCAGAGUUUUGGUUUCUACAAAUAGUUCGUGUUUGUGGUAUAAGGUUUUUGUCAUUUGUGGGCUUUUGCUUGGAUCUUCUCAAGUGAUUGUUGGGGAGGAAGAUGAGUAGCAGUGGACGUAGGACUAUGGGUAUGAGUGUUGGAGUAAGCCCAGGAAAUGUGAUAGUCUAUCAUGGGAGCAAUUUGAAGGUGAUUGAUCGGAGAUUGAGGGUUGCAGAGUUGGUCCUGAGGUGUGUCAUUUGUGGACUAGGAGUUCUCGCUGCCGCUCUUCUGGCGUCAGAUUCACAGGUCAGGGUGAUCUUCUCAAUCCAAAAGAAGGCCAAAUACACCGACAUGAAAGCUCUUGUGUUUUUGGUGAUAGCUAAUGCGAUGGCAGCUGCAUAUUCCUUCAUCCAAGGGUUGCGUUGUGCUGUGAGUAUGAUUAGGGGAAAUAUUCUCUUCAACAGAACAUUAGCUUGGAUUAUUUUCUCUGGCGAUCAGGUGAUGGCUUAUGUGACAGUGGCUGCCAUAGCAGCGGUGGCACAAUCAGCGGUGAUAGGGGAGUUUGGGCAGCCAGAGCUGCAAUGGAUGAAGACAUGCAAUAUCUACCAGAAGUUCUGUAACCAAGUAGGGGAGGGGAUUGUGAGUGCAGCUGUGGUCUGCCUUAGUAUGGUCACUCUCUCCUGUAUUUCAGCCUUCAACCUCUUUCGCUUGUUUGGAAGUUCUUCUAGUAGAAAGUAAAGAAUAACACUUAUAGUGGAAGUUGGUAGUUUUGUAGGGAUGUAGCCCUUUGCCUCUGCGUCUUGCCUUCACUGUCGCUGGUUGUCUCGGCUCCGACAGAUCACACCACUUGUAUACACCGCAACUUCUGGUGCGCUUCUUAUAUGUGCAUCAAAGUCUUCCUGAUUGUAUAAUAACAUAUAUUUUGAUCCUCUCC